GCUUUGAGAUUCCUCCUUCUCCUAACCGCCGUUUGGCUGGAGAGUGAGAGGAGCUGCGGGAGAUCCACACCCCUCUGAAGCCGAUGUGUUUCUCGGAAAGGUGUUCGAGCCUUGCCCCGUCUUCCACCGAGCAGCUCAGCUGAGCCAACCUGGAGCUUACCAUGGAGCAGCUGCAGGAACCCGGCUCAUAAACGUUCCCAGCACCAGGUAUGGCGCCCGCGGAGCCCGAGGCCGCUGCGGCCCGGCUGUGAGGCGCCCGCCGUCCGCCCCGAGCCCGCGGCGGAGCCCGGACCACCAUGAACAAACUGAACUUCCAUAACAACAGAGUCAUGCAGGACCGCCGCAGCGUGUGCAUCUUCCUCCCCAACGACGACUCCCUCAACAUCAUCAUCAACGUGAAGAUCUUGUGUCACGAGCUCCUCGUCCAGGUGUGCGACCUCCUGAGGCUGAAGGACUGCCACCUCUUUGGGCUCAGUGUCAUCCAGAACAAUGAGCACGUGUACAUGGACCUGUCGCAGAAGCUCUACAAGUACUGCCCCAAGGAGUGGAAGAAGGAGGCCAGCAAGGUCAGCAGUGACAUGUUGCAUGGAGCGAGGACGCCAGGCAUCGACCAGUUCGGUCCGCCGAUGAUCAUCCACUUCCGAGUGCAGUAUUACGUGGAGAACGGCAGGUUGAUCAGCGACCGCACGGCGCGCUACUACUACUACUGGCACCUGCGCAAGCAGGUGCUGCACUCGCAGUGCGCGCUGCGCGAGGAGGCUUACUUCCUCCUCACCGCCUUCGCCCUGCAAGCCGACCUGGGCGACUUCAAGCGCAGCAAGCACUACGGGAAGUACUUCGAGCCCGAAGCCUACUUCCCCGCGUGGGUGGUCGCCAAGAGGGGCAAGGACUACAUCUUGAAGCACGUCCCCAACAUGCACAAGGACCAGUUUGCCCUGACGGCCUCCGAGGCGCAUCUCAAGUACAUCAAGGAGGCGGUGCGGCUGGACGACGUGGCCGUCCACUACUACCGGCUCUACAAGGAUAAAAGGGAAGUGGAAGCCUCCUUGACCCUGGGGCUGACGACGCGGGGCAUACAGAUCUUCCAGAACUUGGACGAAGAAAAGCAGCUGCUCUACGACUUCCCCUGGACGAACGUGGGGAAACUGGUGUUCGUGGGCAAGAAGUUCGAGAUCCUGCCCGACGGCCUGCCCUCGGCCCGGAAGCUCAUCUACUACACGGGCUGCCCGCUGCGCUCCCGCCACCUCCUCCAGCUGCUCAGCAGCAGCCACCGGCUCUACAUGAACCUGCAGCCCGUCCUGCGCCAGGUCCGCAAGCUGGAGGAGAACGAGGAGAAGAAGCAGUACCGCGAGUCCUACAUCAGCGACACCCUGGACCUGGACAUGGAGCAGCUGGAGAAGCGCUCGCGGGCCAGCGGCAGCAGCGCGGGCAGCGUCCGGCACAAGCGCCUCUCGCGCCACUCCACCGCCAGCCACAGCAGCUCCCACACCUCCGGCGUGGAGACGGACCCCAAGCCCCGGGAGAUGGGGCCCGAGGACGCCUUCUCCGGCCCCGGCGUCCACCGCAAGCUCAAGACCUGCAGCUCCAUGACCAGCCACGGCAGCUCCCACACCUCCGGCGUGGAGAGCGGCGGCAAGGACCGCCUGGAAGAGGACUCCCAGGAUGACGAAAUAGAGAUGCUGGUGGACGACCCGCGCGAGCUGGAGCAGGCGGGCGAGCUGGCGCUGGAGGUCAGCCCGGACAUGUGCGUGUACAUCACGGAGGACAUGCUGCUGUCGCGGCAGCUCAACGGGCACGCAGGGCUCAUCGUGAAGGAGAUCGGCUCCUCCACCUCCAGCUCCUCGGAGACGGUGGUGAAGCUCCGCGGGCAGAGCACGGACUCGCUGCCGCAGACCGGCAGCCGAAAGCCCAAGACGUCCACGGACCGGCACAGCCUGAGCCUGGACGACGUCCGGCUCUACCAGAAGGACUUCUUGCAGCUCGCCGACCUGUGCCAGGACACGGCGCAGAGCUACACCUUCGGCUGCGGCCACGGGCUCGCCGAGGAGACCCUCUACUGCAACGGCUGCUUGGCCCGCCAGUGCAUCAACAUCCAGGAGACCUUCCCGGCCAAGCGAGCCAGCAAGUACUUCUCGCUGGAUCUCGCCCACGACGACGUCCCCGAGUUUGUGGUGUGACCGGGGCCGGCUGCCGCGGGGGGAGAGGCGCCGGCUCCGCCGCUUCCUCGCCUCGGCGUGCGCAAAGUUGCCCGCUCGCCACCCGGAGAAGCACAGCGUAUUUAACCGAGCGGAGGACAACCCGUAUUGCCGCCUUACUGCCUCGAGAAGGGUUUUUUUCCCUUUUUCCCCCUUUUUUUCUUGACGCUGCCACCACCUCCUGUUGGCUUCGGGGCGUCCGCAGCCUUGGGAAGGAGGUGCUGGACCCACGACGGAGGGCAGCCAAGCCAAAGAGAUGUACGUGCCCUUAAAGGCCAGUAUGGAAAGCCAGAGCGGAGCGAUGCGGAGGCAGGGAAGCGUCCGUGCCGGCGGGGAAGGACGGGACGGAGAGGCGGCGGGGACGGGCGGAUGCCGCCGGGCGCAGCGGGCCCCUCCGCGAGCUCUUGGGGACGUCGCCUGGGCUCGCGAGAGCUUUUUGGAGCUUUUUUCCAUUUAUUUUUUUUGGGGGGGGAUACAAAAACCAAAAAAAGACCACCCAGGAAAACCAAAAGAAAAGGGAAAUGGGAAAGACCAGGUCACCUGUAACGCUGCUGCAGUAACACUUGCUGAAUCCAGUCUUUAAAUAUGUAGAGAAUUACAUAUAUAAAUAUAUAGAGGUAUGUAUGUUUAUAUAUGGCUGGAUCUUAUAGACCCAUUUCCGUAAUUUCUGCUCUGAAAUCCCUUCCGUGCGAUACGUAGCGGACAGACAAUCAGCGCUUUCCCGCGGGAGCGCCUGGGCCCCCGCGCCGCCCUCCCCGCCGGCUCGCGGCCCUGUUUCACGGGGUUUUUCCGCGUAUCCCGAAGUUUUUCACGGUUUUUGCGGAUGCUGGGGGCGAGCCUGGAUGGGAACCAGCCCCAGGCGGGACGCGGCAGGCGAAGCGUCACCUUAGGCAAUAUUUUUAAUCGGAGUUUAGCAGCCGACAGCCAAAGUUUUGCCGUAUUUUGAUAGGCCAUCUUCUUUUUUCUUUUUAAACUGGAAACUUUUUCUUAAAAAAAGAAAAAUAUUUUAUAAAUAAGCACAAACUUAUUUUUAUAAGAAACGUUAGGGAGGGGAUGGGGAAGGGGGGGGUUCAGUGCCAAAAAAGAACGGAGCUCGUGGACGUAGUGCCGUGAUCAGGGGUGUCGCUCCGUGGGAAACGGCGCUCCGGGGGGGUUUAUUAGCAACAGGUCUGCUCCACCACGGCUCCGGGAUAACGUAUAUAUGUAUAUAGGGGGCAGCCGCGGAGGGAUGCUGCGCGGUGCCUCAGCGCUGGCGCUCCGCCAGUUACGUUUUUUGGAGGAGAAAAGGCCCUCGGCACCGCGGGCACCGUGUCCCCAGGACGGGAAAAGAACCAAAAUUCAUCACCAGCCUAUUUGUUUUAAUUCUAAUUUUUAUUUUUUCCUCCUUGCAAGAGGUCGCCUCAUCCCGCUCCUUAUGCCCUCGAGAAAGCUGAGGCCGCGGGGCUCCUCUCUCUUUUAUUAUCUCUUUUAUUGUUAUUUUUUCCUUUUUUUCCCCUUCUGCUGCCCCAAAGGCCGGGCAGCAGCGCGGCUCGGCGGGGGCAGCAAUAUUUGCAAUAGCCAAACUGCCCCUCCGCGCCCCCCCCUUAGUCCUUUCUGUGAAAGGAUCUCCCUGGCAGGGCGGCGCGAGAGCAAGCGCCUUGCAAAAGGAGAACGGGAGAUAAAAACCACAAAUUUCCCCCCCCCUCCAAGCGCGAUGAUUUUGUAACGAUGAAGUUUGGCGUGUGCCUUUUGCGGUACGGCUGGAAAUGACAAUAAAGUUACAAGUGUUUGCACC